AGUGGCCCAGUGAGGAUGAAGUUACCUAAGUUCUUCGAGAAUAACACCUUCACCCGCCGGAGGCUGUCUUCGGUUCCCUCGGCGUCUGAGGGAGGAGGAGAACUGAGGCGCGGCGGGUCCGAGAGGAGAAGAGCAAGCGGCGCCGAAGGAGGCCGGGCGAGCCAUAGGAACAGUUCGGAUUUUCCGGACCGAAGGAGCGAACGUCCGGGGAGCGGGGAAAUAGCUCGAAGUGCCAGCCUGAAGGUCAGGAGUUCGACGCCGAGUCUUCGGCCGGACCGCUCCAUCUCCCUCCUGUCGAGGGUCUACAGUUCCAGUUCCUCCGACCGGAACAGAGAGGCCGAAGAACACGGAGGUGCGACAGCUGUUUCAGGUGAGAAAAAAGACUCGAAACAUUUUUCCGGAUUCAGCCGGCGGUUCACCAUCCGGCCGUCGUCGUCCAAGAAAAAGGCACAGCCGUUCAGUCGCAGCAACACUCUGCCUACUAGAUACAGGCCUCCGGACCGGCAGCAGCCCUCCUUCGUGCAACAAGAUGAGAACCUCCAGGAGCUCCAUGGAAGUCUUACAACGAGCCCCACUAUGCAUAUCACCGGGCCCGCCAGAGGGGAUGGACGCGGCAUGAUUUGCCGCCUUGCGUCCACUGAUGUCCGUCACCCAACGCCGGGAGUGCACGAGCCUUACAAACCUUGCACUGCUGACAAAGUCACAGACGUCAGGCAGAUAUGUACAUCAGGGAGUGCACCGCAUGUUGCAGCUGAGGAUAAGAACCCUUUCGGAGCUGGUAGAGUGUCACCUGUGUCGAGCCUUCGCCAGGAAGGCCCAGAACACAUCUCACAUUAUCUUAGUGCUUCGGAGGUUGCUGCAUCAGAGGUCACGUCUUGCGAUCUGCCCUUCGUUGACCUAGCUUCCAGUGAUGCCACACCCACAAUAAGUCCAUACAGCAGUAUCACCUCAAGUCUUGCCCCCAGCGUGUCUCACGCUCUGAGGCACGCCCGCACACGUUACGGGACACCAACAAGUGCCGGAGGAGGCGCUGGCACACUGCCCUUUCCUGUAGGACCUGGCAUCGGCGGCAGAGAGGGUCAUGCCGGCACCCAAAAUCUCCACUCCCUGUUCCACGUCCUGGCUUCCUUUCGAGAUCCUAACUCUUCGCAGGACAUGCAGGAGACCUACGAAAACGUUGCCUCCAACGCAGCCUCAAACCCCGGCCACGGCCACAUGGCCCGCGCGCCCCCCUCCUCAGAUGAGUCUCAGAUGAGCCCCUCGAGUGUCACCUCGUGCUCCUCGGGCACCGCCAGCCAGAGCCUGAGUUCAGGGAGCAUGAAGCAGGACGACGCGACGCAGAAGGGGCACGUUUGCCCGAAGUGCCAAGUCAACUUCCUCACGAGCCGCCAGUUGCUGGAACACUGGUCGGUCUUCCACACUCACGACGAACUCCAGAUGACCCUGCAUCCCCUCCUUAGCUCCUUCGAGGAUAAGGAGCCCGAGGUUAGGAGGAGCAGGAGGAGUAAGGAGAAAGGACACCGCCUAAACGUUCAGGAGGUCCAAGGAAGUGACGAAGUGGAGAGCGAGGGAACUGUCAUCCACGACAGAGACGACGAAGGCUCGGCUUGGUGUCAGCCAACUACCCUCGAAGCCCAGCGCCAUGUAUUCAAAGCGAAAAAGGUUAAAAAAUCCCGGCCCUGCCAUGUCUGCCACCAGCCGAUUGUCAAGCUCGGCUCCUGUUGCAGAGUUUGCAAAUACCUGGUGCAUAAGGCCUGCGAACCUAAGGAGGCGGCGAGUGAGACCCCGCGGUCCUUUACCGACCCCGCCCGCCAGAUCUUUUACGAGCUCCGGGCAACAACCGCAAGACCCGGACCCAGGGGUCCCUCUUCUCUCCAGGGCUCUCCUCUCUCUCCCCGACGUCGCUCUCCCGGGGGCACCGCCCCUCCUUCCCUCCAGCCCAGUCCCACCCUCACCCGUCACGCCGGAGGGCCACCUCCUCGGGAAGACCCCGGCGAGGCGACUGGAGUGGCCAGUCCCGCGAGGACGGGCAGCCCCGGCCAGCUGAGGCGCGGAGGGUGUGUUGGCCCCACACCUUCCCAGGGGGGAUCCCCUCGGGUCUCCCAGCGGGAGUCAUCGCCGGCUGCCGGGGUAGGAUCCCUAGGCACGGGCGAGGGGAGCAAAGCAAGUGCCCCUUGGGAGAGCGAAGGGGUUGGCCUCGCACGGAUACAUCAUGCUCCGAAUAACAAUGAUGCCACAGCCACCCAGAAGCACCCUACGAUAAGCAGCAGAAACACCCAGUCCGCCGCCCGCCUGAACCGCGUGAUGGCCGGGGCGGGCGGGGCCACCGGGGGCGGCUUGGCGGGGGAGGCGCCAGGACCCGGGGGGGAGCGCCCCGGCCCCCCUGGAGGAGGACCCAAGAUGGACGUGGUUUACGUGACGGAGCGAAUCAUCUCCUUGGCCUUCCCGCCGGCGCUGGACGAUGCCACCUACACCUUACACCUGCGGGAGGUGGCUCAUAUGUUGUCCUCGAAGCACGGGGAUAAUUUCAAGGUAUUCAAUUUAUCACAACAUGGUGAAAUAAGUCACUUCCUACCUCGUGUGAUGGAGCUAGGAUGGGCGGACCAGCUGGCACCAGCUUUGGAGAGGCUGUGCUCCAUCUGCAAGGCGCUUGACUCCUGGAUCACGCAACACCCUCAACAUGUGGCUGUUCUGCAUGCCAGAGGGGGCUAUGAAAAGCUGGGUGUGGUGGUUGCAGCCUACAUGCACUACAGCAACAUCUGCGCCUCAACAGACCAAGCCCUCGACAGAUAUGCCAUGAAACGUUUCUUUGAUGAUAAGAUCGGCCAACUCUACCAUCCUUCACAAAAAAGAUAUGUCCAGUAUUUUGCUGGAUUAUUGUCUGGGGUCAUACGCAUCAACUCUAGUCCACUGUAUCUCCACACUCUCACCUUGUAUGGCAUACCUCACUUUGAACCCAGGGGAGGCUGUCAUCUGUUCAUCAAGAUCUACCAAGGAAUGACACCAAUAUACACAUCAGGGAUAUAUAAUCUUACUGAGCAAAUGAGGCAAGUCACGAUAGCUUUUGAAACGGGGGUACAACUACGAGGAGACAUCCUGUUAAAAGCAUAUCACAGAAGACUUGUACCAGCCUCCAGAGAAGUGAUUUUCCGGAUGCAGUUCCAUACGUGUGCUGUGUCUGAAAAAGUUCUCUCCUUUACAAGACAUGACCUAGAUGAUGCAUGCAAUGACAUGCGAUUCCCUCUUGACGGUGGUGUCGAGCUCUACUUCACACACUCUCAAGAUGAGCGGCCAAGAACAGUCUCCAAUGUCUCCUGUGACAAAUCACCCUGCGCGAUUGCAUCUUGGAAUUCCUAUGAGAACGUCAGUUUCACAUAUGAGCAAAUUGAAGAACAAGGUGUGACAGGUGUGGGCGGAGUGAGCCACACGCUAGGGCCGCUGGACGGAUCCCUGUACGCGACAGUCACCAAGAAGCGCCCGCAGCCGCCUGCGUCGCCUCACUCGCCUGUGUCGCCGCACGCGCCCUCCGCCACCCACACGCCCUCGCCGCACGGCCUGGUCAACGGUCGCUACGCCGCGUCCAUAGACUCGGGCAUCGCGUCCAGCAACUCGGCGGCGGCGGCUCCCGUGUCCCCGCCCACCUCGGACACUUCGCGGACGUCUGGAGAGUCCCGCGGCACGGCGGCGGCAGCGGUGACGGCGGGGAGGGUGGGUGCCGGGGUGGCGCCGCCCCCGGUAGAUGCCCGCCAACUGGAUGAGCUGCUCCAGGGCAUGCUCCUGGACAUCCAGAGCAUCCCCGACCUCCGGCCCUCGCAGACACCUGCCCCGGACAUAGACUCCAUCCGGUGCCCCGACUUCAGCAUGGCGCCCAAGACGGAGUCUCGGCCGAGCAUGACGGCGCGCUCCUCGGGGGACACCAGCAGCGUCCCGCCGCCGCCGCUCAGCCCCGUCAACGGCUUCAGCGGCUCGACCACGCACGACUCGCUGCUGGACUCGUCGCUCAGCACGACGGCGGACGAGAUGCCCUACCACGCCCGCACCGACAGUAAACCCUUCAGCUACGGCGCCGUCACGUCGUCGCCGCUGCUGGGCAGACGUCGCACUGCGUCAGAAGGGGGCGAAGGGGGCGCGCAGCCUCCACCCUCGCCCUCGAUCCACCGACGCAAUUCGCGGGAGACACUGGGGCAGGCGCGGGCGGGGCUGGAGUCGCCCAGGCUGGUGAGGCGCAUGUCUGGCAGCGUCGGUGGCACGCCUGGAGACGUAGGAGGCGGGUCGCGGCGCUCCCCCUCCCCGUCGCCUUCCCCCGAGCCAGGGAGUCGAGGUGGCACCCUGGGGCGCCAGCGUUCGCAUACCCUCACCACGCGCAUCAUGUCGGGCUCAGAAACCACGCCGAACUCCACCCUCAACAGGUCGGAGCACACGAGGUCGGCCUCGCGUCUGGACGACACCCUCGACCUGUCCUCCGAAUUCCACACUCGCUCCCUGAGCAGCACCGGCAGCAACAAUUUGUCAUGGCUACAGAUGCAACAGCUGAAAUUGGCAGAGAGACGCGAGGCCAAGCUGCGAGCUGAGAGAGCACCUCACGAAGCCCGCAUGCUUUCCGAACUCCGUACUCGUAUGGGCCAGCAGCAGCGGAUAAGCACGACAACUUCAAGAGACUUUGAAGAUGGCUAUGUGAGUGACACAACACUUCUUUCGGAGACUUCAAGAGAAUCCUCCCCAGUGAAGACAUUGGCUCCUCUGACCAUUAACACAGGAGGGCCGCCAACUACCCCCCAGAAGCCCCCCAUUGGCCAUUCGACCCCUGCUAGGGGCAAUUCAGCUCCUUCAUCUCCGAUUCUGCCAACCAGGUCAGCCUCACGGGAACGCACAGUCAGAUAUAAUCAGCAGCAGAGUAGCCAGCGAAGCCUUCCGAGAAAGCACUCCGACUCUUCACAUGAUAGAGAACGACCUUUUGUUGCUGUCAAAAGAGCACACGAAAAUGCCAAACCAGGCGAACCUGGGGAUGCUUCAUCAGCUCUAAAUCAACUUCAAACUUCACCUCACGGCCAUAUCCAGUAUUCAUCAUAUUCAUCCACUACCCCAAUUGAUGGUGGUCUUUUGACCACUGUUGCUUCAUCAUCAAAUCAGGAGGGACUCGACUCUCUAGAUGCCCUGAGUGCUACACUAGCCAGUUUGGGCUCUCCUACUCACCCUCCCACCUCUACCUCACCGCCCAACCCUAUAAGCAGCACCACCACUGUCAUCACCACCUCUGCUGUCACCACUACUGCUGAGUCACGAGAAGUUCUAACGGCUCAAACAUCUCAGAGCCGAGAUGACAGUGCCUGGCAGAGUGACACAGAGAGCAGUUACGGUGGAAAUCGUCCCAUCACGCCAGGAUUCCCCCCAGCCACCCCCACAACACCAUACUUGAACCAGGGUUUGCCUCCCAAAAGCCCAACCAUGCAACGAAGAGCACAUCUUGGCCUGUCCUCUCUUUCGUCCCGACCGAUCGUCAAAAAGUCUGCAUCGCUUCCCAGCAAAGAAAUGGGAGUAAGAAGCCCAUCACCUGCCACAUCUCAAACGCUGCGGCAGGAGUUAAAUGGGCAUUCCAGUCCAGCUCCUUCCCUCUACCACAGUCAGUCUCGUCGCUCAUCACUCACUUCAUUGAAUGAGUCAUCAGAGGUCAUUUCAUCGCAUCCCAAGUUUGUUAAAGACAUCUCAAAAUUCUGGUAUAAACCUACUAUAACAAGAGAUGAAGCAAUCACUAUGCUCAAGGACAAAGCUCCAGGAACGUUUGUUGUCCGAGAUUCCAACUCAUUCCCAGGAGCUUUUGGUUUGGCCUUAAAAGUUUCUACUCCACCUCCAAAUGUCACAAGUAAAUCUAGUGACCCAGCUAGUGAAUUAGUAAGACAUUUCCUUAUUGAGCCAACUUCAAGAGGAGUCCGACUCAAAGGCUGCGCCAACGAACCAGUUUUUGGUUCUCUCUCUGCAUUGGUGUAUCAACAUUCGAUUACGGCUCUGGCUCUGCCGUGUCGCUUGGUGCUACCUGAGCGUGACCCAGCAGGUGCUCCUGAUUCUGUGGAUAGCAGUGUCAGUACAAGUGGAAGCUCCAGCUCCACUUCACAACUCUUGCAACAAGGAGCAGCAUGCAAUGUGAUGUAUCUCCAUACUGCAGACACGGAAAGCCUGACUGGCCCACAAGCAGUAAAGCGUGCAGUCAGUCUGAUGCUUGCAGCCAAGAUAACUCCAACUGUUGUGCACUUCAAGGUUUCUGCACAAGGCAUCACACUGACAGACAAUGAAAGAAAACUGUUCUUCCGCCGUCACUACCCAGUGAACACCAUUUCCCACUGUGGUCUAGAUCCUGAUGAUCGACGAUGGGCGCAGAAGAAUGAAGAAGGAGUUCCAGUUGGCUCACACCGAGUGUUUGGCUUUGUAGCUAAGAAGGGAGCCAGUAGAACAGAAAACCAGUGCCACAUCUUGGCAGAACUUGAACCUGAACAGCCUGCAACAGCAAUCUGCAACUUUGUAACAAAAGUAAUGAUGACAAGUGUAAGCAGACCGAAUCUUGUGUAAAUCAACUGAACAAGUGAACAUUAGCAGCAGUUCAUCUAGUGUGAAUAUUCUGAACAAUCUCACAUAGCUCUUAAUGACUUUACUGAUAACAGAGAGGCUUAAUAGGGGUAAAUUAGGUAACAAAAUAGGUUGUUUUAUAUACAAAGUGAAGUUAGGGAACUUUUAUAGUAAUGCAGAUAUAAAAGUGUAGGGCUCAUUGAUAGGCAAUUCUACAUAAAGACUGAUGUAUAGUUUUUAAGAACAUGCUCCAUGAUGACCUCUAAAAUAUGAUGAUAGUAGAAAUCAUGUAUUUGACAAAGUAGAACAUUCUUUAUGGGAGAAAUCAGGGAUUGUUAUCAUAAUUUAUACUAGUGGGUAAUGAUGGACUUUCUGGAGGAUUUCUAGACUAAAAAGAAAUGUCAUGACAUGAGGUCUAGCAGUUGUGAUAUACAUUUAUGCAAGUUUUCAUCGGAAAUAAAUAAAUAAAUAAACAUUUUGCAUUGCGUAGCCUCGUUAAGUGGGAAACCAGUUAUGAAAUGAGUCAAGGUUUUUCCGUAAAACCUCAUUUUACUUAUUAGAAGCAUGAAAGACAUUAAACUGGGAUCAUUUUAAAAAAUGAUCAGAGCAUGUGAAGCAUAUUAGGAAAAUGUUUUCUCAGCAAUGUUGUUUUAUUCAGCACCAUGUAUCAUGUACUCAUUUUACACAAUCCAUGUGUUCUGCAAUCAAAUCAGAAAAAUGUUGUCCCAUUGUUUUUUAUUUAAUUUUUAUUUUUUGCUUUCCAUGUGUGUUGCAUAGGUUACCUAACCUAGAAUAUAAAUAUACUUUAAUAAUUACUCUAGGCAGAUUUUAAUAUAUGAGCUGAUUCCCUAUUUCAUUAAUGUUUGAAAUAUAUUUCUUAUCUAGGAUAUGCAUUAAUGACUGUUAAGUCUUGCUUAUAUUAUGCACUUCUGAAUCAAUAUGCAAAUGAUUGAAGCUCCAAAAACACUUGAAUAUUAGUUUAAUUAACACAUUUACAAAUAUAUGUAUUAUUUGUAUUUAAUGUAAAUCUGCAUUUAUAGUGUGCGUAAAUCUAAGAUUACUUACCCCAGUGAAAUUUGACUGUAAAUUUUGUAUUUAGUGACUCUUAAUAUAGUUUAUCCUUUGUAUUGGCAGUCUCAAGUAACUGAAAACACAUGACUGUGUCAGUCAAUGUUCUAAUGUUAUGUACAUAAUGUCCAUAUGUUUGAAUGAUAGUUAUAAAAAAAAAAACUUUUAUCAAUUUUAAAUAUUGUAAAUCAUACUUCCAUAUUGUAACUUCCACUUGAUGGGUAAUAAAUAUCCAAGCUGCACAAUACACAGUAAAGUCAAGAUUUGUAAAGCUAGACCAGGUUCACUAUCAAGGAGUGUAUGAAUACCAAAUUGUUGUGGUACAUUUACACUUCUAUUUAUUAAGUAAUUACUAGUCCUAAUUAGACAUUUGUAUUUGCCAGAUGAGGUAGAGCAGGUAAGAGGCCUGGCUGCACUAAUAAGGAAGCAGGUAGUUCCUUUAACACUUAUAAGGUGCUUCUUAACUCAUGUAAAUGACCUCUUCAAGCUUCUUCCAAAAAUAAAGAACUGUUUCAAA